AGAGCAGCCCGGCCACGCGUCCCCAACGUCCCGGGUCCCAACGCCCCGGAACGCGUCCCCUAACCGCCACCGCGUCCCCGGGACGCCAUGGGGGACCCGCGCUGUGCCCCGCUACUGCUACUUCUGCUGCUACCGCUGCUGUUCACACCGCCCGCCGGGGAUGCCGCGGUCAUCACCGGGGCUUGCGACAAGGACUCUCAGUGCGGAGGAGGCAUGUGCUGUGCUGUCAGUAUCUGGGUUAAGAGCAUAAGGAUCUGCACACCUAUGGGCCAAGUGGGCGACAGCUGCCACCCCCUGACUCGGAAAAGUCAUGUUGCAAAUGGAAGGCAGGAAAGAAGAAGGGCGAAGAGAAGAAAGAGGAAGAAGGAGGUUCCAUUUUGGGGGCGGAGGAUGCACCACACCUGCCCCUGCCUGCCAGGCUUGGCGUGUUUAAGGACUUCUUUCAACCGGUUUAUUUGCUUGGCCCGGAAAUGAUCACUCUGAAGUAGGAACUUGAAAUGCGACCCUCCGCUGCACAAUGUCCGUCGAGUCUCACUUGUAAUUGUGGCAAACAAAGAAUACUCCAGAAAGAAAUGUUCUCCCCCUUCCUUGACUUUCCAAGUAACGUUUCUAUCUUUGAUUUUUGAAGUGGCUUUUUUUUUUUUUUUUUUUUCCUUUCCUUGAAGGAAAGUUUUGAUUUUUGGAGAGAUUUAUAGAGGACUUUCUGACAUGGCUUCUCAUUUCCCUGUUUAUGUUUUGCCUUGACAUUUUUGAAUGCCAAUAACAACUGUUUUCACAAAUAGGAGAAUAAGAGGGAACAAUCUGUUGCAGAAACUUCCUUUUGCCCUUUGCCCCACUCGCCCCGCCCCGCCCCGCCCCGCCCUGCCCAUGCGCAGACAGACACACCCUUACUCUUCAAAGACUCUGAUGAUCCUCACCUUACUGUAGCAUUGUGGGUUUCUACACUUCCCCGCCUUGCUGGUGGACCCACUGAGGAGGCUCAGAGAGCUAGCACUGUACAGGUUUGAACCAGAUCCCCCAAGCAGCUCAUUUGGGGCAGACGUUGGGAGCGCUCCAGGAACUUUCCUGCACCCAUCUGGCCCACUGGCUUUCAGUUCUGCUGUUUAACUGGUGGGAGGACAAAAUUAACGGGACCCUGAAGGAACCUGGCCCGUUUAUCUAGAUUUGUUUAAGUAAAAGACAUUUUCUCCUUGUUGUGGAAUAUUACAUGUCUUUUUCUUUUUUAUCUGAAGCUUUUUUUUUUUUUCUUUAAGUCUUCUUGUUGGAGACAUUUUAAAGAACGCCACUCGAGGAAGCAUUGAUUUUCAUCUGGCAUGACAGGAGUCAUCAUUUUAAAAAAUCGGUGUUAAGUUAUAAUUUAAACUUUAUUUGUAACCCAAAGGUCUAAUGUAAAUGGAUUUCCUGAUAUCCUGCCAUUUGUACUGGUAUCAAUAUUUCUAUGUAAAAAAAAAAAAAAAUUCUGUAUCAGAAUAAUGACAAUACUGUAUAUCCUUUGAUUUAUUUUGAUAUUAUAUCCUUAUUUUUGUCACGGCUGUCAACAGUUUUUAUUACGAGCGGAUUUCUAUAUAGCCCUCAUCCUAAAGUCGGCAGACACCCCAAAGCUGGUGAAUUCACUCUAACGAUACAUGCAUUUUCAUCUCACAUCCAGGAGAGCUGUGUUUGUGUGAAUUUCAAGGUAGCACAAAAACGAAUAAAUAAACCAUGUGUAUUCAAAAAAACAAAAGCCAAAACAAAAAAGCUUUGGCAAGUGAAGGAAAGCAUGGCACCCGGAAGCGAUUGUUAGCUGGCAUGGACCCGUAGGCUUGCCCUGCGAGAUCCGAUGGGGCAUGUGUGAUGCGUGGCGUGACAUGGGUUAGGCUCGAACUGCACAGUGGUACCAAUGUGGUCUGGCCUUGAACAACUCACUAAGUGUUGUCAACCCAUAUUGUGUCACAAAUAAACAUCUGAACCCUCAA